UGCCAUCGCCGCCGCCGCUCCGUGCCAUCGCCGCCGCCGCUCCGUGCCAUCGCUGCCGGAAGCGGCUCCGUGCGAUCGCCGCCGCCGCUCCGUGCCAUCGCUGCCGCCGCUCCGUGCGAUCGCUGCCGCCGCUCCGCUCCGCGCCGGGCCCGGUGCCGGUGCCGGCCAUGAGCAAGCGCAAAGCGCCCCAGGAGAGCCCCAACCAGGGCAUCACCGACUUCCUCACGGAGCUGGCCAACUACGAGCGCAACGUGAACCGGGCCAUCCACAAGUACAACGCGUACAGGAAAGCGGCCUCGGUCAUCUCUCGGUACCCGAGCAAGAUACAGAGCGGGGCUGAAGCCAAGAAGCUGGAUGGAGUGGGUGCUAAAAUAGCUGAAAAGAUAGAUGAGUUCUUAUCCACUGGAAAGCUACGUAAACUGGAAAAGAUUCGACAAGAUGACACGAGUGCUUCUAUCAAUUUCCUGACACGAGUCACUGGCAUUGGCCCUGCUGCUGCUAGGAAGUUUGUCGAGGAAGGAAUUAAGACUUUAGAAGAUCUAAGAAAAAUUGAGCACAAGCUGACCCAUCACCAGCGAAUCGGGCUGAAAUACUUUGAAGAUUUUGAGAAAAGAAUCCCGAGGGAAGAAAUGCUGCAAAUGCAGGAAAUUGUGCUCAGUGAGAUAAAGAAACUGGACCCGAACUAUAUUGCUACAGUCUGUGGCAGUUUCAGGCGUGGUGCAGAGUCAAGUGGUGACAUGGAUGUUCUCCUGACCCAUCCCAGUUUCACAUCUGAAUCAUCCAAACAGUCAAAACUUUUGCAUCAGGUUGUAGAACAGCUGGAGAAAGUCCACUUUGUCACAGACAUGCUGUCUAAAGGUGACACCAAAUUCAUGGGUGUCUGCCAGCUGCCAGAGAAAGAAGAUGGAACAGCUUUCCCACAUCGCAGGAUUGAUAUCAGGCUUAUCCCAAAGGAUCAGUAUUACUGUGGUGUGCUGUAUUUCACGGGAAGUGAUAUAUUCAACAAGAACAUGAGAGCUCAUGCUCUGGAAAUGGGCUUCACAAUCAACGAGUACACAAUCCGCCGCUUGGGUGUCACCGGAGUUGCUGGAGAGGCCCUGCCAGUGGAGAGUGAAAAAGACAUCUUUGACUACAUCCAGUGGAAAUACCGAGAGCCGAAGGACCGGAGUGAAUGACGAGCUGCUUGUCGGGGUUUAGAGCCUGCAGGGAUGCUUCCACAGCUUCUUACAAAGAUGAAGUGAAAGUGCAUAGCCUUACUUUGAGUGUUACUUGAAAAACCGUGUGUUAGUGAUGUCUAAAGCAAGUCCAUGGCUCCUGAACAGAGCAGAACGCGUCGUGAAGAUAAAUGCUGCGAGAUUUCCUUCUCGUACAGUCACAGAAUAAUUGUGAAUAAAUGUCAUGUCGUCCAGCCCCCCUGCCACGAGCAGGGCCAUCCUUUACUAGAGAAGGUUCCUUAGAGCCCAGUCCAGUCUGACCUUGGAAGUUUCUGGGGAUGGAACAUCCAGCAUCUCUCUCUGUGUCUCACAUGGACGUAGAUACCAGAAUGGAAAGCGUGGGUGUGCCAUGGAGUACCUGCAGUGCCAUUUUCAGCUGCUCUCUGCAUCUCACACCUGUGUUAAGUGUCUUGCUGCAGUGCUGAAGCUCACGAUGGUGCUUCUAAAACCUCUCAGUAGGGGCUGUGUGUGAGGUGGCCAUUCUCCUGGUGCUCAUGAGGUGUGAGUUUGUUCCUAGGUGUGUCGCAGUACUCUGUGCUUCAUUUUGUGCUUCAUUUGGCGUGUUUGAUUAAUUGAUGCAUUGCCACCACUCCUGUAGAUUCAAACCUGCCCUUUUUUAUUUGCAAACCUGUCAAAUCUUGUUUUACCCCUCCCCUUUAUUUGCUGGGAAAGAUAAUGAGUAUUUUGGAUAUGAGGCGAGAUCUGUUCAAGAAUGCAUUGCUGGUUGUAUUUGGGACAGGGAUUCUGUUGUUUAAUUUAAAAUUUUCAAAGUAGUUAACUACUAGCAUCCAUGAGUUGCAGAGCAUGAGCACAGAAUGCUGUAUUUAAAUAUUUUAUCUUAUUUUCUUCUCACUUAAACCUGCAGAACAACUCCAUUUUCAGCUUGUUCUUAUACAAGGAGAGUUGAUCAAUCUAGUAAAGGAGAUUGCAGGCUGAUGCUCUUACUUUUCCAUUCAUUUUCUUCUAUUUUUUCCUGUUGGGAGUUUUAAUUAUUUUCCGGGAACGUUCCCCAGUGCUAAUGCAUGUAGUAGUAUGUAAGAAAACUAGAAGUUAACUUGGUGCUACGUGAAGUAUUUUGAUGCUUCAUUGUAAAAAUAUUUACACAGCUGAUACUGAGUUAGUAUUUUCUUCAGUAAUCAAUAGGAAUAAAAUCGAAUUUUCCAUCGUGAAUGUGUGGUGGUGUUUGAUUAUUGUUUUAUUUGCUGUAAUUUUAGAAGAUAAAAAAGCAAAACGUGCUCACCACGUUUACAGACGUCUUCUAGGCAGCAUUGAUGCAUUCUCCAUCAUCUUCAGGUACUCCAGAGAAGUGCUUUGUCUUUGGCCUGGACACAGAAUUUGUUGGCUUUGCAGUCUCUCCAUAAAACCACAAAGGAAAAAAAAAGAAAAGAAAAAAAAAAGGGCUUCAUGAGAGAGCUUGCUUGUUUUUUGUGGGUUAUAUAAACAUGCAUGGUGUCUUUUCUUUCCCCUCUCUCUCUCCAUUCCCCCUUUCUCAGCUCACUGGCUUUUCUUCCCUGUGAACCUGGGCACAGGGAGUCUGUGCAGCUGGGAGUGUGCUGUGCUCUUGUUUGGGUGCACACACCAUGUGGAAAGGGCAUCUUCUCUGGCCCUGUGCAGAUAUUUACUGUGUGCAUUGUGUUGUGUUGACGAGUGCUGUAUUUCCACUUUAAUAGCAUGGUAAAUGUAGUUAAAAGGCAGCUUUUGUAGUUAAAAUAGGAACUAUGGAUGUGGGAUAUUGUUUUAAAGAAAGGAAUGAGGUGCUCGCACCAGACAGCAGCCACAGGACACCUAAACCUUUCAGAGAAAGAGAAUUUAUUGCUUCAUUAUCAGAAGAAACGAACUUCUUCCCGCCUCCUCAGCCCUGCAGAUUCAGAGGAAGCAGAUUCAGGAUUCAGAGGAAGAAGCUGACACUGCCCAGACAGAAUCCUUUGUUUGAAUGGAAUUGAUGCAUCAUGGGUGAGGUGUGUGAAUAUGCAACAGGCUGUUGCUUUUAAGGGUUAAUCCUCUGUGAACGUGGGUCCUUUUUCGGGCUUCUUUUGCCCUGAAAAGGCACCCGGACUGUCAGAAACUCUUUGUUCUUAUUGUCUCGCAUUGUCCUAAUCUCAAUUGUCCAAAUUUUUACUACUCUAAUUACAUUACUAUUUUUAUAACCGUUUUAUUACCAUUAAACUUUGAAAAUCUUAAAAA